AUUGAGUGCUAGAGGGAGGCUAGUUAAGGUUAGCGUAAUAAUUGCUGCCUCAUUUGUUACUUCUGCAGCUCUUGGUCGCUUUUUCAUACAACAUAGUCUUGUCAACAACAUGAGCGCAAAGCAAAGGAAGCGCAGGUAAGACAACGAUGGCAGGCGCGGAUAUUGUUUAUGAGCAGGUCCACUUUAGACAUGACCCGAAGUGGAGCGUCCGCCUGCGGUCUGCGGAGGGCGGCGGGCUGCUGCUUUGUUUGGCCUGUGCCAUUGAAAUGAUGGAGGCGGAAGAAAUGGCCUCGGUGAGGAAGUGUUUUGCCUUGUCGAGUAUGAGCGGCAUCCUGAGGAGCUCUGCAGGGGCUCUGAGAGAGCUAUUCCGACAGGACCACAGAGUCACUCUGCAUUUUAUUACCACAUUAUUAGUGCUGGUUCAGCUGCUUCUAGAGUUCCAGAACGAGCUGCCAUUUCACUUUGUUUUGGACAAGCUGAACGACCAGCUUAGUGUGAAGCAUUUCCUGCCUACAUUCAACUUCCUAGGGAACCUAUUGAAGACCGUCCCCAACGUGGCCCAGAGCCUUCUAACUCAGUACGGUAAGACCCUGCAGGUCAAUUAG